AUGUAUCCUCCCACCCCGCUCGCCAAAGGCUUCGAUUCAAUCGAAUCCACCAUGGAGGCCUUUCGCAACGGAGAAUUCAUCGUGGUUCUCGACUCUCAGGACCGUGAGAAUGAGGGCGACCUGAUCAUCGCGGCCGAGGACAUGACGACGGAAAAAAUGGCAUUCAUGGUGCGCUAUACCAGCGGACUGAUCUGUGCGCCCAUCACCGCUCAGCAGGCCGCCAACCUGGCACUGCCUCAGAUGGUGGUGAACAGCGAGGAUCCCAAUCGCACGGCCUACACCAUUUCGAUCGACGCCAACCACGAGACCGUCACCACAGGCAUCUCAGCCCAUGACCGCGCCCUCACGUGCAGGACUCUAGCCAACCCCAAAGCCACCGUGGCCAGCUUCAGACGUCCAGGCCAUGUGUUCCCACUCAGAGCGAAGGAUGGAGGCGUCCUUGAACGUACUGGACAUACUGAGGCGGCGGUGGAGUUUUGUCGAUUGGCGGGUAAAGCCCCAGCGGGUGUUAUCUGUGAAAUUGUCGAGGAUGGAGAGCCCGUUCCAGGCCAAGCGGUCAUGAAGGAGCCAGGCAUGAUGAGGAGAGAUGCCUGUCUGGAGUUUGGGCGCAAGUGGGGGCUGAAGGUCUGCACCAUUGAGGAUUUGGUCGAGUACGUUCAGAAGGAGAAACGGACCGACAAAGCCGUCGAUGGGAACAGUGGCAGCGACAAAGCAAAUGGCUAUCAUUGA